CAUGGAAACUUCCCAGACACACGGCUCCGAAGGCAUGUCCAGGGACCUGUCAGAACUGAUGAAGGAAGCCACCAAGGAGGUGCACGAGCGGGCAGAGAACACGCCGUUCAUGAAGAAUUUCCAGAAGGGGCAGGUGUCUCUCCAGGAGUUUAAGAUGGUUACGGCAUCCCUGUACUUCAUCUACUCUGCUCUGGAAGAAGAGAUUGAACGUAACAAGAACAAGCCCGUUUAUGCCCCUGUGUAUUUUCCGGCGGAGCUGCACCGGAAGGCUGCCCUGGAGAAAGACUUGGAGUACUUCUACGGCAGCAACUGGAGGAAAGACAUCCCGUGUCCUGAGGCUACUCAGAAAUACGUUGAGAGGCUCCACUACGUAGGCAAGAGCCACCCAGAGCUCCUGGUAGCCCAUGCCUACACUCGGUAUUUGGGAGACCUGUCUGGGGGGCAGGUGCUGAAGAAAAUUGCCCAAAAGGCCCUCCAGCUGCCCAGCACUGGGGAAGGGCUGGCUUUCUUCACGUUCGAUGGAGUCUCCAACGCCACCAAGUUCAAGCAGCUCUAUCGCUCCCGCAUGAAUGCCCUCGAGAUGGAUCUUGCCACUAAGAAAAGAGUCUUGGAGGAGGGCAAGAAAUUUUUUAUAUUCAGUGUCCUUUCUUCUCAGGUGUUUGAGGCGCUGCAGGAGCUGGUGUCUAAGGGCCCGGAGAAUGGCUUCCCUGUGCAGCCGAAGGCAGAGCUUCGCACAAGGAGCGUUAACAAACCAUCUGAGCACGGUCCAGCUCCUGGGAAAGAAAGCGAAAGGACAAACAGGAGGCAGACAGGCAUCAUUCCCUCCACUCCCCUGGUGCGGUGGAUCCUGGCGCUCAGCUUCCUAGCCACGACAGUCGCCGUGGGCUUAUUUGCCAUGUGA